GUGAAUCUGACUCAGACUCAGUGCGUCCGUGGAACAGAUCCCGCAGGGACCCGCUGUAGCUCCGCCCGCAGCGCUUUGUGUCCUUUUCCUGGUGCUGGUUCAGGUCCUGGUCCUGGUCCUGAUGCUGAUCCGGUCCCGUAUCUCCAUCCUUAUCCUGUUGUUCUGGAGCAGGACGCGCGGACUGGGCCGCUGCUUCACCGCAACAGGUCGAGGAGGAUCCGGGUACUGAUUGGACUGGACUGUGGAUGAUCCGGACCGAGGAGCCGGACCAGGGUCUGGGUCUGAGGGGCUCCGGGUUACCGGUGGAUGCGACCGAGCGGAGGAGCCAACAUGAUGCCGAUGUUUCUCACCGUUUACCUUAGCAACAGUGACCAGCACUUCAGCGAGGUUCCCAUCACCCCGGAGACGCUGUGCCGGGAUGUGGUGGAGCUGUGCAAGGAGCCUGGAGAGAUGGACUGUCACCUGACUGAGAUAUGGAGGGGCUCAGAGCGGGUUGUCGGGGAGGGCGAGCGGAUGCUGGAGGUGCUGCAGCGGUGGGGGCAGCAGACGGGAGAAGUCCGGUACCUGCUGCGACAUCACAGAGCUCCGGGUCGAGAACCAGGUGGAUCUAGAGCUGCAGAUCACAAGAGGAACCAGGUGAAAGCUUCUCUGGAGAAGAGUCUGGAGAAUGGGGUGUCUCCUCAUCUGGACCUGACACUGAGUGAGCUUCAGGAUCUGGCGACUCGGCAGCAGCAGCAGAUCAACGUCCAGCAGCAGAUGUUGGCCUCCAAGGAGCAGCGCCUCCGGUUCCUGAAGCUCCAGGACCAGCGGCAGCAGCAGCACGAGGCGUCAGAACAGGAGCGACUCCGCCAGCUCCGAGAAAACGCCCACAACCAGGAGGCCAAGCUGAGGCGGGUCCGGGCCCUCAGGGGCCAAGUGGAGCAGAAACGCCUGAGCAACAGCAAACUGGUGGACGAGAUCGAGCAGAUGACCAGUCUGUUCCAGCAGAAGCAGAGGGAGUUGCUGGUUGCUGUGUCCAGGGUGGAAGAGCUAAGUGACCAGCUGGAGGCACUGAGGAGUAGCAGGCUGGAGCCCCCUCUUCCUCCUCACAUCCACAGCACCUCCUCAUCCUCAUCCACAGUGGAGCUGGAGCGCCUCUAUAAAGAGCUGCAGCUGAGGAACAAACUGAACCAGGACCAGAGCGUUCGUCUGCAGCAGCAGAGAGACGGUCUAAACAAGAGGAACCUGGAGGUGGCAGCAAUGGACCGGCGUCUGGCCGAGCUCCGCCAGCGGCUGUGGAAGAAGAAGGCGGCACUGCAGCAGAAGGAGAACCUGCCCGUCCCUUCAGACAGCGUCGGCCCUCAGAUCGGUAUGGGAUCCAGAGUGGCGGCGGUGGGGCCCUACAUCCAGUCAUCCUCUACAAGCUCUCAGGGUCCUCCAGUUCUGGCCCAGCAGGAGGUUCUGGUGAAGCCGGCAUACCCUGAUGGCACUGCCACCCUGCCCAUGCCAGAGUCAUCCAUGAAACCGCCACCCCGACCGGCCAAACCCGCCUCAGGGUUCAAUUCGUCCAAAAUGACCAAACUGUCCGACUGGAGCAGCUCAUUGACCGGCUCCAGUGGAGGUCACAGCCAUUCGUCCACCCUGCCCCGUAUGUCCGGCCUCAGCUGCCGCUUCUCAGGUCAGUCCAGGAAUCCAUGGGUCGCUGAAGGUUCUGAUUCUGGUGGUGAGACCGUCUCAGCCCAGAAGGGUCCCUCUGGGUCUGACACCCCACCUCCUGUCCCCUCACGGACCAAUCACAUGACUGAGAGCCUGCUCAGGGAGACUCAGGUUUCAGGUAAAUCUGGGUCCAAAAUGGUGGCGCCACCACCAAUCCCAAGUAAACCCAAACCAUUCUCCUCGUCCACCCCCCCAACCUUCUCCAAACCCCCCUACAGCACUGGGACUUUCCCCGGUAAGGCACGACCAGUUGGUGGUCACCUCAGAGUUCCGGGGCCCUUGUCCAGCCACAGCCACACCCUCCCGUUGCCCCCCAAGCAGGAAAGCCCACCAGCUGCUGCCGUGCGCCCCUUCACCCCCGACCCUGCCGAGGCCCCACCCCCAGUACUGCCGAAGCCACAGACGGUGGCAGCUUCAUCCAUUUACUCCAUGUACACCCAGCAUAACACACCGGGGAAGGGAUACCAACCGGGUCAGGGAACGCUGCCCCGCUGCCAAUCACGAGGCUCCAGCACAGCACGAGCUUAUGGUAAACCAGUCAUCUCAACCACCGGGGGGCAGCAGUCCGCCAGCGCCGACAGCUCCGCCUUAACUUCUGGGUCUUCAGCGAAUGAGGUUGACAGUGGUUACCCCAGUAACAGCGAAGGUGUUGGAGCAGAGACAGGAGAACGCUCCAACCCCCGACCGCUCAGCCCCACCAAGCUCCUCCCUUUCCUGUCCAACCCUCACAGGAAUCCCAGCGAUGCUGACCUGGAGGCCCUGCGGCGCCGGUUGCACCACGCCCCCCGGCCCCUGAAGAAACGCAACUCCAUCACUGAGCCCGAGGGCCCCGGCGGCCCCAACAUCCAAAAACUGCUCUACCAGAAGACCACACUAGCUGCCAUGGAAACCAUCCCCAUGGAAACCAUUCCCAUGGAGACAGUCAGCCCAGCCGGCACGUACACCCCCAGUGAGGAAGUCAAGGGCGGCGCCGAGCAUCACCCUACAUCCAGAGUCGAGGACCAGCCCCUGGAUGAGAGUCCAGAGGAAAUCCUGACCCCACCCCCCCUGCCCCCUCGUGUACCGAUCCCUGACCCCGCCUCCUGCCGCCCCCUGCCGCCUCCUCCAGAGGAACAAGACCAGGAGGAAGAGGAGGAGGAGGCCAAUCAAUCUGCUUCGACCCCUCAGGAGGUCUUUGUAGAGGGCUUCCCCCCUUAUCCACCCCCACCGUACCCCAGCUGUGGGGAAGCAGAGCCAGGAGAUGAUGCCAUCAAUUUGCAGCCACCGGAGGUCACAGGGCAGGUCACAGUGCCACCGGGUAAGAAGUCGAUUCUUCGUAAAACUGGUUCAGACCCAAUCAACCACAGCAUUCGUGUGAAGUUCAACCCUCUGGCUCUGCUGCUGGACUCAUCCUUAGAGGGCGAGUACGACCUGGUCCAGAGGGUCAUCUAUGACGUGGAAGAUCCGAGCAUGCCAAACGAUGAAGGCAUCACAGCGCUGCACAAUGCUGUCUGUGCUGGUCACAUCGAAAUCGUCAAGUUUCUGGUUCAGUUUGGAGUCAACGUUAAUGCUGCCGACAGCGACGGAUGGACUCCCCUCCACUGUGCUGCCUCCUGUAACAACGUCCAGGUGUGUAAGUUCUUGGUGGAGUCGGGGGCAGCAGUGUUCGCCUCCACCCACAGCGAUAUGCAGACGGCGGCCGACAAAUGUGAGGAGAUGGAAGAUGGAUACGCGCAGUGUUCCAGUUUCCUCUACGGCGUUCAAGAGAAGAUGGGUGUGAUGAACCGUGGUGUGGUGUAUGCACUGUGGGACUACGAAGCCCAGAACCAGGACGAGCUUGGCUUUAGUGAAGGCGACUGCAUGACAGUGCUGAGGCGGGACGACGAGGUGGAGACAGAGUGGUGGUGGGCGCGAUGUGGAGACUAUGAGGGCUACGUUCCCCGAAACCUGCUGGGGUUGUAUCUGCGGAUCAGGCAGAGGCAGAGGAGCCUGGCUUAGACGACGCCCACCAAAAUAAAGGAAAACCUCUGCACUCUGUGGGUUAUAAAAGGAGACGGCCCGUCCUCUGGGCUUCAACUGGACCUGUCUGUCUGUUAGUCUGUAGUUUCAGCACAAAGAAUGUAACAGAGAUUCAAUCAGAAGAGAAAACUUUCCACCUGCCUCCUGCUGUAAGUGAAUAAAACACUUUUACAUUUAUCA